UGAAAACUAUAAUCUUAGAUCGAGCAGGUUUAAGUCUAGCUGUAGAGAAAUCAGCCCGGGGACCAAUAGCAGAGAACUAGAAUAUGUAAAGUUAGAAACAUUGUCCCAUUCUAUUGAAAGUGGCAUCCCAGAUGGACAGAUCCACUGAGGUUUUUCUUGUCUUGACUGUUUGGCAUAGAAACUAGUGAAGCUAGUGAUUUCGAAUAGUAGUAAGCUGUACUGGUUUGCCUCAGCAGCAGUCAAAGCGAGGAGAUCCUAGCGGCAGAACGGUCGGUCGGGCAGGCGUGCGGCCGUAAUACAUAGAAUGAACAGAGUUUCGUACAGCAGGAGAAACUCUGUGAAAAUAUAAACAAGAGCUGAACUGGAUGUUGCAAAGAUGUUUGGGUUUAACAGAAGAAUGAAAGGGUGGACGAAAGCAGAAAAGACGAAGACGAUCGGUUGAGAGUACAGAGAUGAGGCUGAAGUGUAAUGCUGGUCGUCCUAUGAAAGAAUAACAGCCGCCGAAGUAUUCGUUUUAAAGAGAAUUUGGAGAUACCAGUUCGAAAGAAGAUGCUGAAUGUAUGUAGAGUGUUUUCGUCUCACAGAAUACUUGUGAUUCUUACAGGAUUUCUUCUUGUUGCUGUUUUCGUAUUCAUUGAUACCAAUAUGUUAGUGUGUAAAAGAACAGAAAUCAACGUCAGUUCAGAGCAGAAAGACAAAUUUAGCGGAAGAAUGUUUAUCGACAAGAAGAACCACUUACUCUACUGCUCCGUGCCAAAGAUUGGUUCCACUUUCAUGAAACGGCUUUUACUAAUUCUCAGCGGCAAAAUGAAUAAAAGUUCUAUUGUUGAAAUUAAAACGAAAUUGGCUCAUAAAAUAAGAUUAGAAAAUGUGAAUAUCUUAGACAUAAAUUCAGCUUCCAUCAAUGGUUGUUUCGCUAACUUCCAUAAACUUUUGGUUGUUAGAAAUCCAUAUGAGAGGUUAUAUUCGGCUUACCUGGACAAGUUCGUGAGACCAAACGGUUUAUAUUAUAAACUUGGUAAAAAAAUCAUUAAAAUGUUUCGAAGCAAUCCAUCAUCGCAAAGUUUAUCAUGUGGAGACGAUGUAACGUUUCCGGAAUUUAUAAAAUAUUUCAUUUAUUCUUUACAAACCGGAAAUCUAACUGACCCUCAUUUCAUACCAAUACACAUGCUCUGUCAGCCGUGUCUUUUUGAUUAUAAGGUCAUAAGACUUGAAGACAUUUCUGUGGAACUACCAAAAUUUUUACAUUCUAUAGGAAUAAACUUUAUAUCACCAAGUGAUUAUUUAAAAGAAACAAGAUUACUCGACGAAGCCAAACACAUAGAAUAUUUAUUUGAAAGAAACAGUCCCCUAGUUAAAAACUGUCUAUCGUCUACAGAGGUACUGAGACGACUGUGGAAGAGAGAUCAAAUUAGGGGUUUUAUAAAAAUGAACUACUCUUUCCCUUUAGAAGACGUAUUACUUCCUCAUCUGCCAAAGUCACAGAUAUUCAAAAUGUUUUUCUCUUACUACCAAAUGUCUUAUCGGAAAGACAGAAGGGCUAGCUAUCGAACUGCCAUGCUCGCAGCGUAUUCACAAUUGUCUCCAAGGGAUUUUCAACUCACUCAACAAUAUUUAGAAACGGACUGCAAAUUAUUUGGUUAUAAAUCAUUACAAAUGGAAUAUUAGAAGCUGAUAUUUGCUGAAAUUAUGACAGAACAGAAGAUGUUUAUGGUUACGUCAACAGAAGAAUCUACAUUUAUGCAUCGUACACCUUCAUUCUUUAAUAUGUAUUAACCAUCAAUACCACUACCAGCACGUGGUCGUGGCGACAGAGGUGUUUGUGGUGGUGGUGGUGGUGGCAGCCGAUCUUCCGACCAGAACAUGGAAACUAUAUUUCCGUGUAUCUUUUCCAUUGCUGAUACUAUCUGUUGGCCCAAACUCUAGCCAUGUAAAAAGAAUAUAUUGGAGCAACCACUACUUUUGGAAAAUCUUGAAAGGAAAUGUCUAUCAAAUAGACUGGUUUAAAAUAUUUUAAAAUCAACAUACAACGACAUUUUAAAUAAGCAGAAAGCAGUGCUCAUGACAAAACGUUUCCUAAGACCUCCCUGUAUUUAGAGAACACAUUUACGACAACGAAGUCUUUGAAAAUACAAAAUAAUUAAAACUAAAGCGUAUAAGA